AUGAAAGCCAUGGAGGGAGAUGAGGUGCCUUUGGGAAUAAAUGCUUUCACCUUGAUUCCAAACCAGAAAUACAGAAGAAGUUGCAGACAUUUGCAAUCCAAGAAGAAUGGUGACAGACUGGAAAGCUUUCACCUACAGUAUAACUGUGGCUACUUCCAGAUAAUACCGGUUGAAAUCUUUCACAAGGUGUUGUGUUAUCUUUCAGUGACAGAUAUCAGCGUUUUGAGCAUGGCAUCAAAAGUAGUUGGCACUCAGGUUGUGGGUUAUAUCAGCACAUCAUCUGGAAUCAGACGGCUUUUAUUGGAGGGAUUCCACUCUACUGAUAUUUCCAAGAAAUCAAUUGCGAUGGAACACUACAGAUCUUUAGGUUUGCUAUUUAAAAGAUGUACUCUUCUCUUGCCCACUAAAGAGAGACUAAAAUUUGUGCAUAAUCAGUUAUUAAAGAACCCGUGCUUCAGGAUGGGUGGCUGUACUAUGCUGAUACAGUGUUCAGGAUUUGCUUGCUUUGGGAUGUUAUUACAGACUCUUAUAGCAGGCUGGGAUGAACUGGAGUGCCAUCGUGUGUUUAACUUUCUGAAUGAAAAUGCAAAUCUGCCACGGAAAAUGCAAAGUGUGGUGUGCAGUAGACCAGGUGCGACUAGAAAGCUAGAGCUACAGAUCCGUUUGUAUUACCGACGGGUUCUUUUGGAUCAUUGGGAGCACCAAUGCGAUAUAGCUUUCUGGCUGACUCGCAUCCUUAAGCCAUGGCCGAUGGUGAACCAAGCAAGAUUGCUGUACUUACUGUAUGGUCCUAUGUCUCUCAGUGAUGGUAAGGGUCAGAUCCACUGGCAUCAUAUGACCCAGUUACCUGCAAGUGAGGACAGCAUAAAGGGUCUUGCAGCAGCAGUUAGAUUGCUGCAUGAAAAUGCCAAGGAAUGGACGGCUGAUGACAUUUUCACCCUGUUGGAAGAAUUAGCAGGGUUUCCUCAAGAAUGGCUUUUGGAGAAUAGUGCUCGUCUUCUGAUUUGUUGUGGGAAUAACAUGUGCUUUACAUUCCUGGCCAAUAAAGCUGUAAAUGGGAGGCUCAAUGAACUUGCCACACUCAUUGUGUUCCUGUCUUUGGUAUGUGAAAAGGAUGGGUAUUGCAUGGACUGGACUGUGAAGAUGGUUCACAGAAUCUGCAAGGUGAUACCUAGCAGUGAAAGCAGGUGGAAUUUUCUACAGGCUAUUGAAAAGGUCUUCGCACGGGUUACCAUGGAUAUGAUCGAAUCUUUAAUGUUUAGUGGCCUGGAUGAGGAUGAAGGCGUAACGUAUAAUAUGUACAAUAUGGUGAAUGCCCAAGCAGAGUUUCAUAAAGAAGUCAUGCUUUGUGCCUUCAGCAGCAUCCUAACAUGA